AUCACGUCUCCAUUGGAGGGCUUGGGGAUAGCUUCUAUGAAUAUUUGCUCAAGGCAUGGCUGAUGUCGGACAAGACAGAUGAAGAAGGCAAGAAAAUGUAUUAUGAUGCUGUUCAGGCCAUAGAGACCCACCUCAUUCGCAAAUCAAGCGGGGGGCUGACAUACAUCGCUGAGUGGAAGGGUGGACUGCUGGAACACAAGAUGGGACAUCUCACUUGUUUUGCUGGGGGCAUGUUUGCUCUUGGAGCAGAUGGAGCACCUAAUGACAAGACGGGCCAUCACAUCGAGCUCGGUGCUGAAAUUGCCAGGACGUGCCACGAAUCCUAUGAUCGUACAAGCAUGAAACUGGGACCAGAAGCCUUCAGAUUUGAUGGUGGUGUCGAGGCCAUUGCUACGAGACAAAAUGAAAAAUACUACAUCCUACGACCGGAAGUCAUAGAGACCUACAUGUACAUGUGGCGACUCACUCAUGACCCAAAGUACAGGCAGUGGGGCUGGGAAGCUGUAGAGGCAUUGGAAAAACACUGCAGAGUAGAUGGCGGCUAUUCUGGCAUUAGGGAUGUUUAUAACACUCACGAAAGCCAUGAUGAUGUGCAGCAAAGUUUCUUCCUUUCAGAGACACUCAAAUACUUGUAUUUGCUGUUUUCUGAAGACGAUCUUCUUCCAUUCGAACACUGGGUCUUCAACACAGAGGCUCAUCCUCUCCCUGUUCUUCACAAAGACGAUGGGAAUAAAGAAGAAAACCAGAAAUAGAUGAAGAUUAAGUUAUACUUGGUUUCAUUCCUUAUGUUUCAUUCCAGGACUUGGGCACAUGAUUUGGUUUUAAAUUCCUGAGUUAAAUUUUCAAAUCAAGUGUUUUGCAGUCUGUUUUCUUUAACAGUAAAUAUUUAUGAACAGACCUCAACUGAUGAUGAUAAAAUCUCAUUCCUCUUAUCCAGCUGAACCACUUCUUAGGAGAGAAAAAGGACAACCCUCCUGAGUUUGUUAGGCUGCAGUGUCAUCUUGGCCAAAAAGAGCAGAGGGUCUGCAUGUUACUUCCUGUUAUGCUUUUAAUUUGACUGCAAAAUUCUUUUCUCCUCUGUGAGGAGAUGUCUGCUUUAAGCUGUAAUAUUUUGCCAUGUUGCAAAAAGCCAUAUUGAAUUAAGUAUAAAGAGCUUUUUUUUUUC